GUAAUUUUCGUGGCACUGAGAACCACAGAGAUUCUUGCCGACCUUGUGAUUGCCAUGGUCAUGGGGACAAUUGUGAUCCAAUUUAUGGUGAUAAAUGUAACUGUCAAAAUAACACAGAAAGUGAUGUUUGUAGAGUUGGUUCAGAAAAAAAUUCUGCUCAUCCUUGUUGGAUGGUGCAGUGCUCAAAAUGUAAAGAUGGUUAUUUAGGUACACCUACAUCUGGACAUCAGUGUUAUAAACAAAUGUCUGUAGAUUCCAAAAUGUGUUUUGAUGCAAAACCUAUUGAUGAAUGCAAAAUUAAGCCUAAACCUCUAUACCCGGGAGAGGUAGUAUUUUUUGUAGUUCAACCAAGGUUUAUGAAUGUUGAUAUUAGAAUAGUAAUAGAUGUUACUCAAGGAAAGCUGAACGUAUUUAUGAGUACACAUGAUGAUACUUACUUAGCUUUUCCUAAUUUUACUACGGGAUUAGUCGAUAUAGACAUUGAUGCGCAGUAUGGCCAUUGGGAAAAUGGAACUUUAAGGUCAAAAGAUGUGUAUUUAGAAAGAGAAGCGCUUGGGCUAAGAACAUAUAUAACAAUUACACAAUCUAAGACAAUUUUGUUUGUCAAGAAUUUACAAGAUCGACUUGUAAUUACACUUCCAGAGGAAUAUCACAGCCUAGAAACUACCAGAUUUUUUCUUAUUUUACAAGCACUUGAACAAACAGAUGUAGACAAGAAAUUAACCUACGGAAUAGUAUUUUCUCGACAAGAUCAACUUCACAUUGACUUGUUUGUUUUUUUCUCAGUAUUUUUUUCAUGCUUCUUCUUGUUUCUUGCUGCAUGUGUCGUUGCUUGGAAAGCCAAGCAGGCUGCGGAUGUACGGAGGGCUAGAAGACGUCAUGUUGUAGAAAUGCAGCAUAUGGCUAAACGAGCUUUUGCUACUGUGACCUUAAAUUUAUAUGUCAAACUGGGGCCAAAGAAAUCCGCAUAUGAUUUGCGACCAGUUGCGGUGGAACCUACAGCAACAGCAGCGGUAACUACAACAACUAAUAACUACUACUGCUACUACGGCAACAAUGACCGCAACAACAACAACAGAAGGGGCAGCAUCAGCAAGAUCAAUAACAGCAAUAACAACUACAUCUGA